AUGUUUGAUUGGACCAGAGUCCCCACUGGACACAACGACCAAUACAACCAGAUCAACGCCAUAUCCUUUGCGUGUCGUAUGGGAGUGGAGCGCUGCAGGGUUCUCACCAGCGAUUGGUUCAGAGAGUGGAUGCUGAACCCAGACCACAACCCGAUUCACCCCAACCUGAAGACAACAGUGUACUGCAAUGCUAUCGCAGCAGGAGGGCUGGCGGAAUGGGACUUCGCCUGGCAGAUGUUCAACAAUGCCACAGUAGCCACAGAGGCUGCCAAGCUGAGGUCCUCCCUGGCCUGUACGAAGGUCCCAUGGCUGCUGAACAGGUAUCUGGAUUAUUCCCUGGAUCCAGCUAAGAUCCGAAAGCAGGACUGCACCUCCACCAUCAACUACAUCGCUGGUAACGUGGUGGGGAUGCCCCUGGCCUGGGACUUCAUCAGGGCUAGGUGGAACUACAUCUAUACAGAAUAUGGUGGUGGAUCCUUCUCAUUCUCUAACCUCAUCAACGGUGUGACCAGGAGAUUCUCUACUGAGUUUGAGCUGAAGCAGCUGAAGCAGUUUAAAGAGGACAAUGCCCGUGUGGGGUUUGGCUCGGGGACGCUGGCUCUGGAGCAGGCUAUUGAGAGGACUACGGCCAACAUUAAAUGGGUGGCGGAGAACCAGGAGCCCGUUAUGAAGUGGUUGGCCAAUGAAUGUACGUGAAAUACCCCCCACUACAGCAGCGUGCGACCAGGCCAAUGGUGUUACUGCUUACUGAACCAUCAGGGAUACACAGACUGUAUUAAACAGACCACGAACAUGGGGCUGCGUGACCCAAAUGGCACCCUAUUCCCUGUAUAGCGUGCUACAUAGGGCUCUGUUUAAAAAGAGUGCACUCCAUAGGGAAUAGGGAGCCAUUUGGGACAGAGAUGUGCUGUAUAAUGAUGAAUGGACCAAAAUCAUGUUGUUACUUGAAUCAUGUGCAUCCAUUUUGGAUUGUCAGUUUUUCAUGUUCUCGUGUUAAUAAAUGUCU